AUGAGCCGCCAAUUUAGUUCUCAGUCUGCAUUUAGCUCUAGGAGCAGGCGGGCCUAUAGCAUCAGGUCUUCCUCAGGCUUUGGUGGUGGGAAUCGGGCUGUGGGGUCUGUGUGUCAGUCCUCAGGGAGGUUUGGUGGUGGUGGCUAUGGGGGUUAUGGGCUGGGGUUUGGUUCUAGAAGCCUCUAUAAUCUGGGUGGCUCUAAAAGCAUCUCCAUGAACCUAGUGGGGAGAGGCACCAGUGGAUUUUGCCAGGGUAGGGGAGCAGGAGGAGGAUUUGGAGGGGGCAGAAGAUUUGGAGGUGGCAGCUUUGGGGGUGGUGGCUUUGGAGGUGGUGGCAGAUUUGGAGGUGGUGGCCAUGGAGGAUUUAGGGGUGCUGGAUUUGGGGCUAGCAAUUUGGGGAUUGGGGGCUUUGGCCCUGCUUUUCCUCCAGGGGGCAUCCAUGAGGUGACUAUUAACCAGAGCCUCCUAGAGCCACUUCACCUGGAAGUGGAUCCUGAAAUUCAGAGGAUCAAGACCCAGGAACGGGAACAGAUAAAGAUUCUCAACAACAAGUUUGCCUCCUUCAUUGAUAAGGUGCGAUUCCUGGAGCAGCAGAACCAGGUGCUGCAAACCAAAUGGGAGCUACUGCAGCAGGUAAAUACCUCAACUCGGACCAACAACCUGGAGCCCAUCUUGGAGAGUUACAUCAGUGAGCUGCGGAGGCAGGUGGAUUUUCUCAAUGCUGAGCAGACACGCAAAAACAUGGAAGUUAAGAGCAUGCAGGAUGUCGUGGAGGACUACAAGAACAAGUAUGAGGAAGAAAUUAACAAGAGGACCAGCUCUGAAAAUGACUUUGUGGUUCUGAAGAAGGACGCAGAUGCCGCUUACAUGGGCAAAGCCGCCCUGCAGUCCAACUUGGACAUUCUGUUUGCGGAGGUCAAUUUCCUGAAAUACCUGUUUGAAACGGAGCUGUCCCAGAUGCAGACCAACAUCAGUGACACCAAUGUCAUCCUGUCCAUGGACAAUAACCGCUUCCUGGACCUGGACAGCAUCAUCGAUGCAGUGAGGGUGGAGUAUGAGCUGAUCGCGCAGAGGAGCAAGGAUGAGGCUGAGGCUCUGUACCAGACCAAGUACCAGGAGCUCCAGAUCACAGCAGGGAGACAUGGAGAUGACCUGAAGAACACCAAGAUGGAGAUUUCUGAGCUCAACCGCACCAUCCAGAGGCUGCAGGCAGAGAUCAGCAAUGUCAAGAAGCAGAUCGAACAGAUGCAUUCAGCUAUUUCGGAUGCAGAGGAGAGAGGAGAGCAGGCCCUCCAGGAUGCGAAGCAGAAGCUUCAGGACAUGGAUGAGGCCCUGCAGCAGUCCAAGGAGGACCUGGCCCGGCUCUUGAGAGACUACCAGGCAAUGCUGGGGGCCAAGCUGUCCCUGGAUGUGGAGAUUGCCACCUAUCGCAAGCUGCUGGAAUGUGAGGAGAGCAGGAUGUCUGGAGAGCUGCAGGACCACGUAAGCAUCUCGGUGCACAGCAGCCAGGUGACCGUCAGUGGGGGAGGCGGUGGCGGCGGCGGCGGCGGCUCUGGAGGUUACGGCGGCAGCUCCCGCGGAGGCGGCGGCGGCGGGGGAAGUUACGGAGGAGGAGGCUCCCGAGGGGGCAGCGGAGGUGGCUAUGGCAGCGGCGGCGGGAGCUACGGAGCGAGCAACAAGAGCAGCGGCAGGAGCGGCGGCUCCUCGCGCGUGCAGAUCAUCCAGACCUCCACCAACACCUCCCGCAGGCGCAUGGUGGAGUAG